GAUUGAAGUGGACGAUAGAACUGAAGCCUAUCUUCGAGUCUUACAACAAAAGGUUACAUCAGAUACACAGAUUGUAGUUUGUCUGUUGUCUAGUAAUCGGAAAGACAAGUAUGAUGCAAUAAAAAAAUACUUAUGUACAGACUGUCCUACUCCAAGUCAAUGUGUGAUAGCAAGAACCUUAGGCAAGCAACAAACUGUAAUGGCCAUUGCUACAAAGAUUGCCCUGCAGAUGAAUUGCAAGAUGGGAGGAGAACUUUGGAGGGUUGAUAUGCCUCUAAAGCUAGCAAUGAUUGUUGGUAUUGAUUGUUACCACGACACUACAGCUGGGCGACGAUCAAUUGCAGGAUUUGUUGCUAGUAUUAAUGAAGGAAUGACACGCUGGUUUUCUCGCUGUGUCUUUCAAGAUAGAGGGCAGGAACUAGUAGAUGGACUCAAGGUCUGCUUACAAGCUGCAUUGAGGGCCUGGAAUAGUUACAAUGAAUAUAUGCCUAGUCGAAUUGUUGUAUAUCGGGAUGGUGUAGGUGAUGGCCAACUGAAAACCUUGGUUAAUUAUGAAGUACCACAGUUUUUGGACUGCCUAAAAUCUGUUGGUAAAGGUUACAACCCAAGACUAACAGUAAUUGUGGUGAAGAAACGAGUGAAUGCCAGAUUUUUUGCACAGUCUGGAGGAAGACUUCAAAAUCCACUUCCUGGGACAGUUAUUGAUGUGGAAGUUACCAGACCAGAAUGGUAUGACUUUUUUAUUGUGAGCCAGGCUGUAAGAAGUGGCAGUGUUUCUCCUACACAUUAUAAUGUAAUCUAUGACAACAGUGGCUUGAAACCAGACCAUAUACAACGAUUAACUUACAAGCUCUGCCAUGUGUAUUAUAAUUGGCCAGGUGUCAUUAGAGUUCCAGCUCCUUGCCAGUAUGCUCACAAACUGGCUUUCCUUGUUGGCCAAAGUAUUCACAAAGAACCUAAUCUGUCACUGUCAAAUCGUCUUUAUUACCUUUGAACUGUAGAAGAACACAGAAAGUAGUCUUGAAAGACUAGCUUCAUAGAUUUUUUUUUCCUUUUUGCAAGUGGAGCUUUCGAAAGUCUUCCUAGAUACAGCAUUUUUUUUCCCCUUUAACAACUGUAACAUGGAAAGGGAGAUAAGAAAUGUGAGUUCUAUUGCCAACUCUACUAUUGACUUAUUGUGUGACUAUGCAAGUGACUCAUUUUACAGAUGGGGAAACUGAAGAACAUUUAUCUUUUUACCUCUCACAAGGAUGCUAUAGUGGUUUCGUGAUACAAUAUGGAUACAGCACUUCAAGCACCAAACAAAAAGGCUAUUUGAAACACUGGGCAUUACUCAUGUUGGAUUACUUCUGGAAACAAGUGAUAUAAUUGUAAAUUAUAUGUUUUUUUUAAAAUUGACAUUAGGAAUGCCGAUAUUGUGGGGCAGUUUUAUUUUGGUGUUUUUUUUAACACCUCCUUUAUCUUAAAGAUAUGAUUUGCCAUUUAAAGAUAAAAGCUAUACAAAAUGGGGAGAAGCUAGAAAGAGCAAACUCACAUUUUAAAGUUGGAGGCUUCUAGUGAUAGAAACAGUUUGGUGCCUUUCCACCAAUGGAAUAAAUCACGAGCUAUAAUGGCAUAAUUCAUGGUGUUUUUUUCCCAUCAUUCUACUUGUUGAAGAUUUUGAAAUGUGACAUUCUAUUACAUUAGCUAUAUUAUGUUCUGACAAGGUAUUGUAAGCAGAAGAGAACAUUACAAGUCUAUUUAGUUGAAUUCAAAACUUUUUUAAUUGGAAAGUAAUAUUCAUUACUUAUUUUCUCUGAAUUAAAGUUGAAAUAUUCUGCUCAGAAGUUGAGAGAAUUCUCCAUGCUCUAAUUUUCUCUUACCACUUAAGGGAUAAAAUAUAUAAGAAAAACAAAAUUAAGAGUGAGAACAUCUACUCAAAAAGAUAUUGAAGUCUAUUUUUUUUUUAAUUCGCCCAAAGAAAAGUUAGAGGGAAGAAAAAGGCAACACAAUUUUAACUUUAAAUGUUAUCAGGAUGAAGUUAGAUGUGUUUAUCAAUUUGAGAAUUUCUUAAAGGGAGCAGACAAAAGAACAGUUAGGUGGCUACUCAAUAUCUGAAGAAUUAGUGCAUGUUGAAAUUAACAACUGUUCUCUCAACUUCUGUAAAUGCAAUUUCAGCAUUGUCAUUCCACAUGGACAGCAACAUAAAGAUAGCAAGAGACACUGUAAAUUUAAAGUGAUGUAGUUUGUUUUAAAAUGUUACUAUUAUAUUUGCAUCUUUUGUGUUAGUUAUACCUUCUGAACCUGUUGGAAAGUUUUAUUUUAAAAUUCUGAAAGCCAGUUUCAAUCAGCAACACUUUUGGUGGGGGGGGGGGUGCGCUUGCUCAUGUCUAAUUUCCUUCCCUCAAGUAUUUUGGACAUUGGGGAAAAGAAGCAAUAGUUUGUGAAACUCUAGAAGGAAAAUUGAUGUCCCAAAGCCCCAAGUGUAAACGAUGCUCAAGUUUAUCAUAACAUAAGAAGAGUACCAGGAUGGAAUAAAUUGUCAGCUUUGUAAGCUCCACCAGGGCAGGAACUAUGUCUUAAUUAUUUUUGUUUCUCCCUCAGCACCUGCACAGUGCUUUGAACAUAGUAGGCACUUAAUAAAUGGUUGUUGAAUUAAUUUUGUCUGUUUAACUUUAUCCAUUUAUACAAAUGAGCUAAUUCACUUGUGCAAGCACCAAAAACUCCAUUCCUCUUAAAGCCCACCCAGGAUUCUUG